AUUACAUACAUAUAUCCCCUAAGGGCAGUUCACUCUCUCUAGCGCUUACACACAUCCACACAAACAGACAGACAGACAGACAGACAGGCGGGCAAGCAAAAACGCAACAUUAUCCACAUUGAGGAGGAAUCCCUUUUGGUCAGUCAGAGGUGGGCACACAUAUCGUAGGCACACGACUCACCCAUACUAGCUUUGCACGUUCUUCAACCAGAGCCGUACAGCUUUGAGAAGCUUUUUUCUGGGGAUUAUUAUGGCGUCGUCAGUGACUGGGAACUACCUGCCUAGAGGAUGUGCUGUAUUUACCACCUUCCCUGACAUCCUGUUUAUUCCUGAACUUAUAAUCGGCGGGCUGGUUUGGAUCCUGAUAGCGUCCACCAGGGUGGCGUUCGCCAUGCCCCAGGGGUGGGUCAUGUUCGUCUCCGUCUUCUGCUUCGUCUUCACCACCGUCUGGCUCCUCAUCUUCCUCUUCGGCUGCAACAAGGGGAGCGUUUGGCCCGCCAUGGACACUGGCUACAAUGCCACUGCAGCCCUGUUCUACCUCAGUGCAGCCGUAAUCGAGGCCUAUGUGACCUUGGCAAUAAGCGGUGGCGACCUGUAUACCUACCGGCUAAACAUCUCUGCUGUGGUCAUGGCUUUCGUGGCCACGUUGCUGUACGUCAUCCACACAAUUCUGUCGGCUCUGAGGUGGAAAUCCCUCUAAAGAACAACUACAGACAGCAGCCACACAACACAACACAACACAACACAGCACAACACAACACAACACAACACAGCACAGCACAGCACAGCAUGACGCAAUGCAACACAACGCAACACAACACAGCACAACACAACGUAACGCAAAAAACACAACACAAGACAACAGAACACAAUACAACACAGCACAGCACAGCACAGCACAGCACAGCACAGCACAGCACAGCACAACACAGCACAGCACAAGACAACACAACACAGCAUGACGCAAUGCAACACAACACAGCAUGACGCAAUGCAACACAACGCAACGCAAUGCAACACAACGUAAUACAACGCAACGCAUCACACC